AGCUUUGUCGAGAAUAUGAACUACCAGCGUGGGGAACUAGAGCAGAACUCGAAGAUCGUAUUCGAGAUCGAGAAAAAACGACAACGAAAAACAGAAUAUUUGAUUAUGUUGUAAAGAGAUGUAAACCCAAAACUGUUUUGCCAUCACCAAUCUUGACUUCACCAUCCACAUCAACAACACCACCACCAUUGUCAUCGGCACCCCCAACAAAAUCCUUGUGUUUGUCGCAGGCAAAAAAUCUUGAAUACGACUUAGAAUCUGUCGAGAAAUCUGUUGCAGAAACUCUGUGUAUUAUGGAAGCUGCAAAAACACUUAUUAAUAUGAAUGCUUAUGUGGAAGUGUUCAAAUAG